AUGAGAGGGGAGGAAAAACCCUUCAAUCUGUUCAUCUUGGUUGAGUGCCGAGUUCUUACAGCUAAAAAUGGGAAAAUAUUAUGGAGAACAGAGCAGUUUGAGGCACCUAAAACGUGCCAUACCAAGAAGGUAAUUGCUUUGAGGUGUUCUUGAGACCUAGUUUCAAUGCGUACUAGAGACGUAGAACCGGUUCGCGGCCUCCACCCAGUGUACACAUGCUCCCCUGUAGCUUAGACACGCGCACUACCCAGCUGCGCGGUUCGGGGGAGGAGGAUGACGGAGAACGAUGUGGUUUCAUAGAAGGGAGAAAUUUUGCUCGGCACCCUCGAAUCCCAUAUCCUUCAGAAAUUCAGUUACCCCCUUCCUCUCUCUUCCGACAAAGAGGCCUUCAUCCCUUCUCUCUACACGUCGGCCCAGGAUCUGCCGCCACAUCCCCCAUGUAGCCCUCCAUCGACGGGAAGGACCUCGCCGAGAUCCUCGACGCCGAAGAGGGAAAGUAUAGCAUCGACGUCGUAACUUGAAACAGGAUACCCUCGUCUGCGUUCCUGAGCUCAGAUAUAAUAUCCCGAUGCCUGCUGAUACGCUAGUAGUCCCUGCUGGGUCUGCCGGGUGGUCACCGGAAUGUCAGAGAAGGUCGUCGGCGGGAUCCUGCCUGGGUUCGUGGAGGUCUCAGUUAGUGAACUCGAAGGCUGGAAAGAAGUCCUUCCCCUGAUUCCCGGAGAAAUCGUUCUCGCUUCUCUUGAUAGCUCCGGUUUGUCCUCUCUGCAAAUCACUAUCCUGCACUGCUUAGAAUCAUUUCUUCGAUAAUCAAUGCCAGUCUGACAGCGACGAUUGAUGGGAUGUAGAAGCUGGCACGACGAGAAAGCUGCCGACUUCACAAACGAGAGCCUGGAGUCCGCAGGGCACGCCGUAGCGUCCGCCUGGUUGUGUUCGAGGUCCGGCAGGCCCUCGACCCCAACACGUCGAUCAAGCAGACGGCACUGAUGAAGUCGGCUCCAGUGUCCGCUUCCGCUGAAUCAAAGGCUAAGCUUGCCAAGUAUGCAGGCACCCAAAACAAACAGUUUUCGGUUUCUCUGCUGUUCAUCGUCCGUAGUUUUGAUGUUCAGGAGAAUCAAUUAGGGUGUAUAUACGAGCAAUUUCUAUAUUUCUUGUCCUUGGUCUCAUCGUGUUUUAAGAAAGCUUAA